AUACUUGCAUCUGUGCCACAAAAGCCAGCACUUACUGCUACCACUUUCAAGCUCCUAAAACCCUACGUAUUUCUUGAUUUCAUAUCAAGCUGACGGAUGGGGAUAUCUGAAACCCGAACUACAACUAAUCACGUUAAGGCCAUCAGCUCACCAUGAAUAUACUCAUACUAUAUUUCAGUUUGCUUGUGACUACCGUUUGUGGAGCCCUCGUUCGAAGUACCAAGUGUGCUGCCAUAGACUGCGAUCAUUUUAAGUUGGAAAGGCCGUUGGUGGACGUUGCUUUGGAUAAGAAUAAUAAGCUAUUGAAGUUCUUUAUCAACACCCAGGUGAUAGAUCAUCAAAACCUUUUCAAUACCAACCCCAUAAUACAAGAUGUCAACACCACCACAAACAAGUAUACCACUUUCCAUGCCAUAGUCUGGUUCAAGGGUAAGGUGAUUGUGGACGAGAACUUGAGGUUCUGUGAUAUGGUAGGUGUGAAGAACACCACAUCUUACUGGGAAAGUCCUCGAUUCAAUAACAAGGCCAACCAGACUUUGACGUUCGAUUUUGGAGAUGUAGAUGAUGAGGAAAACGUUGAACCAUCACCUGUACACGAAAUAGACGAUACGUCUUUUGCCAAUUCCAACACUUCCAUCCAGGAGCUUUUCAGCAACUCCACCGGACAGCUUGUAUCGUGUCCGCUAUACGUGAAUGAUUCAAUUUACAUGUACUAUGAGGUAGACAUUGCCAACCUGAUUGGGACUAUUGGUUCGUAUGCUGCCAGGUUUGCCGUGAUAGACAAUGAUGAGUCCAAUGUCGUACUACUGUGUAUGGAGAUGGAUAUAACUCCUGCAACCAACAGGGAACUCAAAAACGGUAUCUUAUACGGAGCUUUACUGUUACUUUUAGUGACCGCAGGCACCAACUUUUUGACGGUGAUGUUUUCGUCAUACCAGGAAUCAAGAAACCCAUUCCUAUUCACUGCGUCUACUAUCUGCAAUGAAAAGCUAUUGAAACAGUUGGAUGCCACAGUUCAACGAAUCAUCUUAUACUUGCAGUUUGCUUUAUUUACUGCUGGCCUCAGUAUCAACUACCCAGAAUUCUACCCACCACUACUAGCAUUAUUAAAGUGGAAUGCCUUGUUAGGGUUCUCGCUCCUUGAUGGGAAUCAAUUCUACGGGUCCACUGAACAAGACAACAUCUACCUAACAUAUAAUGCAAAUGGAUUGAGCUCGUUGACAUAUUUUGGUACUUACAAAACCGCUGGUGACAAUUGGUGUAACUUUUCGUUGACUUUAGUCGUGUGGAUUAGCAUCCAGGUGGUAAUCCAAACGAUGUUCUUUUUGGCGAGAUACUUAAGAGAUAAUCAAGUGAAGCGAGUAAUGCAAGAUAGGUCACUUCGAGAUACUUUCAGACGGUGGUUCUCAUUUACUAUUGGAACCGCUUUGAAUAACUUCAUGGCUCUUUUUGCAUAUCCUUUUUUGGUGUUGACCUUAAACUUGUUUUUUUUGUCAGCUCAAAAUAGAGCCACGUACCGUCCGAAUGUCAACACUUUGAGUGAUCAAUUGUUCUUCAGAAAUGCUUCUUAUGACAGUUUAUUCACUCCUAAUAGUUUUAUUGAAGUGGUGAACACGACUACUUCCAAAGUCGAACAUAGACUUGAAAUUGUUGACAAUAACUUCAAUUAUACCCACAACUGGAAUAUGACUGACAGUAGAUACUUCAAAACAGUUCAGAACUCAGAUGGUGCCUUAGGACUUGCGCCAUUGGUCAUGGGGUCAAUCUUGUUUGCUGCAUGGGCUUUAAUUGCCUUGUUCUUUAUCUUCCGAUACUUACUCACUUUCAGGGGAUGGGGGUUGGCUAUGAGUCCCAGAGUCACUCGGUUGUAUACCUCAGUCAACACCCUUUUAACGUGGUCAUUUUUGUACCACCAUUACAAUCCUAGCAAGAACUAUUAUGUGAUAGUUGAUUUGGUACAGAUUUUUAUCAGGCUGGUGUUUAUAUCACUUUUCCAGUUUAGUGGAACUGCCCAGGUAGCUUGCCUAAUAGCUCUAGAGACUCUGAGCUUGGUGAUUUUAUUUUUUGUUCAACCAUUCUACCUUCACAUGACUUGGACUUCCACCAGAUGGAUGAUUCCUGCUGCUAGAUUGUUGGUGACAAUUUUAUGUGUUCCAUAUCUCCAGCAAUUGGGAUACUCGGAGAAUACUCGAACAUAUGUGGCAUAUACUCAGCUAAUCAUCCAUGCCGUAAUUGCCCUAGCAUUUGUCGGACAGUUGGUAUACUGUUUUUCUACCACCAUCUACUCAAUUUUCCAACACAGAAAAUUGGAUAACAAUAAUGAAGCAUUUCAAAGAGUAAAGAGGGAUGGCAGUGCGGAUGAGUUCAAUCAACAAUUUGACUAUCAACCAGUGCAUAACCUCAGUAGAGCCAUUGAAAAUGACUCCAAAAUGUUGGAGGACGACGAUCAUUCGACAGAGUCUGGGGAUAUCAUUCACAACCCUGAGUUCUACUAUCGAUCAACUCCCUCCAGUUUGUUAAAAAAUCACUCCACAAGUUUCAAACAUCCUAUCACUAAGCUGAUGUCAGAUGUGGAGUCCUUCGAGCAACAGCAACAGUUUUCAAUCCUGAGAAGACUGAAAGUCGACUACACUACGAGAGAAGCAGAUAGGAUAUACCAAAAGUUUUUCGUCGACGACGAUAUUGAUCAGGACGUCAAAGAGCUUUGGGAGUCCAGAAAACAGAGAGAGUCAAUAGCAAUCCCAUCAGAUGUUCCUAUUACUGGAAUGGCAUCUCCUAAGCGACAAACACUAGAAAUGACCCAAACUAAGCUCUCUUCGAUAUUCAAAAAGAAAGAACCCGUUAAAGGAUUUGAAGUAUCCAGACCAAGACCUUUAAUAGUAAAGAGACCAGAAACCAGACAACGAAAGGCUUCUACUCUUUCGACUGACUCAAGAGUCGAUACUUUAAAUUCAACGUAUUUUGAUUGUUCUUCAAGGAUACCUGACAAUGCUUGACCCUUACCUUAAAACGCUCGUUAUGAAACAUAUUUAGUUCUUCUACCAACAUUUUCUAAUAUUGGUAUGUACAUUAAUAAAAUAGUUUUGCUUUAAAAUUCAACAUUCCUAACGCAUUAUGUUCUUAUCUUAAGGGUUAUCUCUUAUUUCUCUUUGGAGAAUUUGGGAUUGGCAAAUCAAAUUUUCUCUUGACAAUGUUUCUGAUAAGUUUAUCGUCAUCUAUAAAUUGGUAUUUUAUAUCGUCUAUCGUGAAGGUCUUUUCAACGUCGAGACAGUUCCUCAACGAAGUAUAUUCAGACUUCAACACAACAUUGGCCAUAUUCUGUCUGGUGAACUUGAAAGAGCCAGGAAAGUCCUCGGAAGCAAUUGCAGGAUAUUCGCUCAUUCGGUUGCCGAGGAUGGCUUUGUAGUUGGCCAAAAACAACUUGGUGAGCUUUCUGGAUUCUAUCAACAGAAUACACUUUCUGUGGAUCCUACGUACGAGUUGGAACUUAGAAUCCACCGUCAACGUUUCCAUAGAAUUUAACGAGUGAAUAGAGCCGAUGAUAGUUAAGCAUUGGAGUAGAAUGGUUAAUUCAAUAAUGACUUCACUGGAAGCAAAACAGUCAUACGAAUCUAGCACAAAUUCCACCACUUCUUCUUCGCUACUCUCUUCCUGGAUAAUUCGGUAGAAUAAAUCCAUGAUUUCGUCAAAAAAUUCAUGCAUAAUAGGAUUGGAGCAUUGGCUGAAAUGAUCUCUGAUAGACGCUAGGGUGAUUUCGCCAAAAUCAUGUUUCGAACCUUGCCUUUCUACAUAUCCGUACCGUCUCAAGAUCUCACUAUUAGGAUGGUCCGAAUACGUAUUGUACACUUGCUCCCCCUUUUUAAUGAGCUUAAUGGCUCGAAUCACAAGUUUAUCUUGUAAAUACUCCAACGAAGCAUUGUGGAGAGUUGUGUCAGCAUUCAAAGUAUCCGCUAUUGGAAUCAUAGACUUUAAAAACGAGUCAUUUCUCCAGCUGUCGGGGUAUUCUUCGUCCGACAGAGAUACCGGGCUGUUCUUAUAGGAGGGUUCAUUGCCCACCUCUUCGUUUCCCUCAUCUUCGUCUUCGUCUUCUUCAUCGUUCACAACACCAUCUCUGUUCAACCUUUCAAGAUCAAACGAGUACGACAUGAUCAAGGAAGCUAUCUUAUGAUAUUCCCACAAGGUGGUGUCGUUCAACUCGACGAGUUUCAAUUGUUUGAUCACUCUGGGGAAGAGCUUGUUGUACAUGCCAUCGGCUAUAUCUUUACCAAUUCUUUGUAUGAUGAGAGACGGCUUGAGAUACUCCAACUCAUCAUCGGACCAGAACAUCAACUGGUUGAAGGUGUAGUUUUCUUCGUCGAGAAUUGGCAACACGCCAAAGUAAGGUGUCCACCGACUGUGCUCCUUUUUGACCUUAAGUUCGUACAAAAGAAUAAUGAUCAAUGCUUCCCACUGAUUCAACAGCUCCAAGCCUUCUCUGACACCUGGGCGCUCCUUUACCAAGCUACAUGUCUCUAAGUUCAACACCACCGACCGUGGGAUCUCAAAAAUGGUAUCAUGCUCUUCGAUGUCUUGCGCAGCAAUUAUACCUCUUCCUUCGUUCUUGUGUCUCAAGUCUUUAAUGCGACAGUCUUUACAGAAGUGGACGCCAUUCUGCUUCAACCACUUAACGUAAUUGAUUGUGGAUGCUCCGAACUCUACCAUGAGGGUUCACAAGGCUUGGAUACUAGGAUAGUUGCUGAAGAUGCAGAUGAA